CAUGGCAUUCUAGUGUAAGCUGGCUAGAGUUUCUCAUCUGCACUGGUCCAUCCUGUUAUUUUCGGUCUGUAAUGUGCUUAACUUAGUUGGAUCUCUGACCUGUAUUCUUUGGAGAACAACAGGACAGCUCACUGCAGUUCAUCACUCACCAAGCAGACAAGCCUGAAAGUUUGUUGGGGUUCAAAGUGAAAAGGAAGACGCCAUGGUAGAAAAUCAAAUCUAAAGUCAUUAUCAAGCAUGUAUGCGAAAAUUCUCAAACUUAUUUCUUGAUUCAUUUGGCUCUGGUUGUCAAUUCAAGCAUGAAUGUUCUCUUUCUCACUGUCGUAAAAAAAAAAAUACUAGCAGACUCUCACACCCAUGGGCCAUGAGUGAUAAAAAAACCUGGUAGGGAUUGACUCACAACCUUGCUUCAGAUUCUUUACCUUUUGAUGCCUAGGAAUAAUAAAGACAACAGUUAUCACUCUCACCAAACCAUGAGACUGCUUUGAUAGUCUUACAUUCAGAAACACACAGGGAGGUUGCUGAUCUUCGAAUGUAGCCCAUUCGAAGGAAGGUUGUACUCAAACUUUCUCCUUGAAAGUAGCUACUAUAUGAUUGAUGUAUUUCCUUAAGGAAGCACUCUAUGAUUAAUGUAUUGUGGAUUCUUCUAGCUGGCAUGACAAGUACAGUGAAGAUACUCUUAGUGAAAAAGGACGAGUCUAUGAACUUCCUAAUUCAUCAGUCAAGGUCCAGCAGCUGGCAGAUUAUGCUGUAAAUAAACUCCGAACACACAUUGGUUACCUCCUGUGCAACCUGGCUACGCCAAAUACAUAGCAAAUGGCGGAGGUAGUGAUUCUUUCAGUUGUGAUAAAGAUUGGAGUCGCUCUAGGGAAGGAAGCAGUAAAACAGGCUAGCCUGCAGUUCCAACAGUUUAAUACACAGUUAACAGAGCUUCAGGGCCGGAUGGGUCGCAUCAGAAUGGAGCUCAGGCUAAUGCAUGGAUUUCUUUGUGGAGUGGACAUACGAAAUAGGAGGAAUCAGACUUAUGAAAUAUGGGUUCAAGAGUUGAGAAUGCUUGCCCAUGAGAUCGAGGACAUUAUGGAUGAGUAUUUGUAUUUUGUUGGCCAUAAACAUGGUACUGGAUGGGGUACCUAUUUGAAGAAAGGAUGCAAGCAACCGAACGUGUUGAUUUCCUUGAACAAGAUAGCUUCAAUGGUUAUGGAAGCAGAGACUAAUCUUGGGCACCUAUUCCUGGUGAAAAGUCGGUGGGUUUCAGUUGUUGAUGGUGGGAAUUCCAGUAACUCAAGUGACAUUGUUGAGAGGUCCCAACAUCUCGCAAGCUCUUCACGUUCCCUUGGUGAAGAAGAUCUUGUGGGAGUGGAUGAAGACAGAGAACAACUUGAGACAUGGCUGCGAGGUAUGCAUUUGGAUUGCUCUGUCGUGAUAGUGUUGCAUGGAAUGGGAGGGCUGGGUAAAACAGCUUUGGCAGCAAAUGUCUAUAUGAAGGAGAGAGAAAAGUUUGAUUGCCAUGCCUGGGUCUUUGUCUCUCAAACUUACUCCACAAAAGAUGUUCUUAAACGUCUAAUAACUGAACUAUACAAAGAGAGCGAAGACACACCAGGUGAUAUCACCAACCUAGAGAUUGAUGGCCUUCAAAAUAUACUGAUAACCUUCAUUGCGGACAAGAAGUACUUGAUCAUAUUGGAUGAUGUUUGGACUCCAAAAGCAUUUGAUGAAUUUUCUAGGCUUAUUCGUAAUGGAAAGAACAGUAGACUGAUUAUCACAACACGGGAAGGUGAUGUCGCUGCACGUGCCACUCCAGAUCGUAUGUUAACACUAAAAGAUUUACCAGAAGACAAGGCAUGGGAUCUCUUCUGCAAGACAACCUUUGCAAGCUAUGCUGAUCAUGAAUGUCCUAAAGACCUGAAACCUUUGUCUGAGGAAAUAGUUCUCCGCUGCAAAGGCCUGCCUCUUGCUAUUGUGUCAGUUGGUAGCCUCCUUCGUGUGCGUGAGAAAACUGUGGAAGAAUGGAGAAGAAUAAAUGACCAGUUGGGCUGGGAGCUAAUAAAUAAUCCUAUGCUCGGCGAUGUGAGGAAUGUUUUGCAUCUGAGCUACAUCUACCUUCCAACACAAUUGAAAAGUUGUUUCCUGUAUUGCAGCUUAUUUUCUGAAGGCUAUCUUUUUGGAAGAAACAUGCUUGCACGGUUAUGGACAGCAGAGGGAUUCAUCGAGGAGAGGGGUGCAAGCACAUUUGAACAAGUGGCUGAAGGAUACAUGAAAGAGUUGGUCCAGAGAAACAUGCUACAACUUGUUCAAAGGAACUCAUUUGGUAGGAUGAAGAUGUUCAGAAUGCACGAUAUCCUACGAGAAUUGGCAAUUGAUUUGUGUCGGAAUGAUCUUUUUGGUGUUACAUAUGACGAAGACAGAUGUGCAGGAUCUCUUGAUAAGGAUGGGCGUCGAUUGGUAGUACAGAAACUAAAGAAGGACAUUGAACGAUCAAUUUCAAGUGUACACCAGCUUCGAUCCAUCACUGUAUUAGACAAGAGUAUGCCAUCACUCACUCUACUACAUUUGCUGUGUGAGAUGUCAACAUAUAUGACUGUGCUAGAAUUAAGUGGUCUACCUAUCGUGAAUAUUCCAUAUGCUAUUGGGAAUCUUUUCAAUCUUCGUCAUUUAGGUCUGCGUAGAUCAAAAGUUAAGAUGCUCCCAAAGUCUGUUGAGAAGCUUUCAAAUUUGUUGACACUCGACCUUAGUAGAUCUGACAUAGACGAGCUACCUGGUGGGAUUGUUAAACUGAAGAAGCUUAGACACUUGUUCGCUCAAAAAGUUAAAUAUCUAAAUGGCAGAUUUCUCUUGUCGUCAAGUGGUGUAAGAAUCCGCAGCGGUCUUGGUAAUCUAACAAACCUGCAGACACUACAAUCGUUGGAAGCACAGGAUGAGUCUGUUAGAAAAUUGAGGGAGCUAAGACAACUGAGAAGCCUACGGUUAUUCAAUGUGAAGAGAGUGUACCAUGAACCCCUCUGCGAGUCUCUAGUGGAAAUGCAUUUUUUGUCCAAGCUACAUGUUAUUGCAAGUGAUGAGAAUGAGGUUCUUUUGUUAAAUGCCCUCCCGCCAAACCUACAAAAGCUAAAUUUGACAGGAAAAUUAGACAUAGACUCUUUCCAAGCUGUAGGUCGGAACUUAUAUUCCUUGCGUCUAAAUCUAUCACAGCUGACAGAAGACCCCCUGCCAUCCAUUUCUCUGUUGUCAAAUUUGACAGAGCUAUUUCUUGAUGGAGCAUACAACGGAGAGAAGCUGGUAUUUCUCGCGGAGUGGUUUCCCAACCUGAAGACUCUUCAGUUAAGGGACCUUCAUAAUCUUAAGAAGCUAGAUAUACAGGAAGGUGCUAUGGUGACUUUAGAAAAAUUAUCGCUAGUCAACCUUGACAGCAUCACAGAAAUCCCACCUGGUAUUAAGUUCCUCGUGACCCUCCGGUAUCUAGGCUUUCACGAAAUCACACAGGGCUUUUUGACGUUGUUGCGUGAAUGUGUUCGAAAUGGUGGUAUGCGCCAGUUCUGGUAUACUCCGCGAGCUUGACUGCUCCUUGCUAGUCCAUAAAUGUGUUGGCAGAAGGAAGGAUGGAAGUGAAAUGUCUUCAUCUGAUGCUUCAAGACUCCUGCCUUUAGCUCCUCUUGACAAACAUUGGACUAUUGCAUCUCUUGUUCCAUACCGUGCUUCAUUUUCAUUCUUUGUGUUCACAGAAAUAACAAUUACGGGCUACUGUAGGUGUGCUUGUGAAAUGUGUUUAUCUGUUUCUUUUAAUAACAUUGCACCUAUUGUAAGGCUAGAUAUGUGUAUUGCUCGCUGUCUUUUAAUUAUUAGUGUCAGGAUUUGGAAGUGGAAAGGUUCGUCCCGAAGAAGGUUUUCCUGCUACUUCCAAAUAUUUAGAGUUCGUUUCAUAGACUACAAGUUGUAAUUUGACUCUAUAAGUCCACCCCUUGUUGAUCAAUCUGUACACUAUGGUUUUUUUCUUUGCCAAUAUACUUGGUACUGUUAUAUA